GGUACGACCAGCAAGUGAAUCAUAGUACCGCCGAUCUCGCCGGUGUGACGGUUGUGUUCAUUACUCGCUUUAGUUUCAGUCGUCACACAUUAAAGACAAAAACAUACUCGGUGUGCUGAAACGUCGCCUCUAUUGUUGGAAAGUGGAAGCGCUUUGGAAACAGUGAUGCUAAAAUUGUGAAAAAAAAAAAAAAAUAUGCUGAAGAAAAACCGAGGAGAGUGAUAAGUCAAUAUUGAUAAAAGGAUGAAAGAAGUGAGAUAAGAAAAAUGAGAUGAAAGACCCAAGAAGAGGCAACCGAAGACAGUAUUGAGAAUCCUGCUUUCUUCGGGUAUGGAAGGCCGGUGAAGCUGUGGGCGGCCCGCUAUGAGUAAUGGGCGUGCGGAGGCGUGCGGGAGGCGGUGGGCGGUCCCGACUCACCAUCACGACCUUCCACCUGGGUGCCGUCGGGUCUCGUGCAGAGCCGUCCAUCCGCAGCACGGUGGUGGAGGAGAGCGUGAGCGACUCCCUGGUGGAGCGGUUCCUUCAGUGCCCGGCCGCGCGAGGAGGGCCUGAGCGCCGCCUGGACACCGUCACCCUCCUGAAGAAGGAUGGCUCCCUCGGGGUCAUGAUCGCCGAGGGCGUCGACCACGGCCUCUACAUCCAGGCCGUGUCCCCGGGAGGGCCCGCCGCGCUGCAGGGCACCCUCAAGCCAGGCGACCGCAUCGUGGGCAUCAACGGGCGCUCGGUGGAGACGCUGCCCUACGCCGCCGCCGUCGACCUCCUGCGCCAGAUCUCGGACUCCGUGACCCUCCUGGUGUCGCAGCCGGUGGUGACCUCGUCCUCGUCGUCGUCCGCCCCCGCCCGCGCCUCGUCCACCCACACCACCCAGGCGCACACCACGCCCAUCGUGUCGCCGGACGCCCGCGCUUCGGCUGGGCCCGGGGGCGAGGCAGAGGCGCGCGAGAGAAAAGAGGCGCGAGUGCAGCUGCUGGGAGGCGCCCGCAGCUUCAUCACCGAGGUCAGGUCAGGCCCGGUCACCGUGAUCACCUUGAACGCGACCCCGCCCCCCGCGUCGUCGCCAGCGCCCUCUGACCCCGCGCCGGCUGUCUCCACCUUCGAGAUAUCCGUAGGACCUCGGGUGCCUGCAGAAGGAGCUCAGGGAGGAGGAGCAGGAGGAGGCCCAGCGCAGGCCGCCUCAAGCAAGCAGACCGCACAAAUAAGAAAGAGUCGCCCAGUGCCAACCCCUCGACGGAGCUUGACCUCCAGCGGCUCCUCCACAGGCCCAGGGCCGGACUCAUCCUCGGACCCCGAGUCGUCGGCCCUUCCCAGAGCUGGUCGUCCCUGCCCGACCUAAAAGGAGCGGAGCGGGGGACUCCCCACACGUCUAGCCGAGGUCGGGUGCCGCGCCCCAGGGCCAGGAGGUGCUCGGACUCCAGCAGGCCCGACCGCCAUGACGGGUCCUUCAGUCACCAGGCCCGCACAGUCGCCCGCGAUUGGCCGCCCCCUGUGCGCGUGACCCCGAGCGCUGUCCGGAGAAGGCCCUCCCUCUAUAGAGCAGAGCUGGUGCAGAACGAUGACCAAGAUAGGUUCUCGACGUGCUCCUCCGCCGAGUCCUUGGCGGCGACCCCGACACGCCCCCGCCUGAGGCCUGCAACUCAAGAGUCUUGCUUUAGUACUUAUGACUUAUGUACCACCGAUAACAGUCGCUUUUUUACUGUGGGAAAUGAUGAUAAUGAUAAUAAACAAUAUAGAACUUUC